CUCAUCUCAUCUCAACGUUAAAGUAGACCAAUCUCUCUCGUCCAUGGCCAAGAUCCAGCCCCUCGCUGCCGCGGCCUCACCGUCGUCCUCCGAUGAUCAACGGAGCCAGCAGGCGUACACGGUGUGGAUGAAGUCGCUAGUCUUCAACGGCAACGGCUGCACGGUGUACGGCCCCGACGGCGCCGUCGCCUUCCGCGUCGACAACUACGGCUGCAGGGGCGGCCGCGAGGUCUUCUUCAUGGACCGCGCCGGCAACGCCCUCAUCAGGAUCAGGCGCAAGGGCUUCGGCAUGUUCAGGAGGUGGGAGGUCUGCCGGUGCGCCCACAACGGCGGCCAGGAGGAGGAGGCCACGCCGUGGUUCAGCGUGCGGCGGGCCGAGAAGGGCGGAGCUGCCGUAGCGAUGCACGGCGGCGCGGGGACGUGCUACACGAUCGACGGGUGCUCUGCCCGCAAGUCGGAGUACAGAGUACGCGGCGUGGAUGGCGCGGUGGUGGCAGAGGUCGCACGGAAGCAGACGCCGGCGGGGGUGGUGCUGGGGGACGACGUGCUGACGCUGACGGUGGCGCCGGAGGUGGAUCACCUGCUCUUCCUGGGUUUGGUCGUCGUGCGUGGCCUCAUCGACCGCUCCUUGUGAUGCCUGGAUGCCUGAAAUGGCGACCCUCUUCUUCUCUAGCUAGGAACGUAGUACAUGAUGAGAGUACCUGUAGGCGGUUCAUGUGACAGCUUUUUUUCAGACAAACAAUUUAGGAAGUUUUUGACCGAACUGAAGACACUGUGACUCUUUUUGGUGCAUGUUUUUACCCUUUCUCAAAGGGUUUUCAAUACCAAAAUCUUAACACAAUGAAUUUAUACAAGGUUGUUCACUGAUUGUAUAAUAUUUGUAUGUGUUUCUUUGUAAUUUAUA